AUGACGGAUCUUGGCAACCUACACCACUUCCUCGGCAUCUCCAUCACGUGUUCCUCCCAGGACCUGUUCUUGUCUCAGCGACAGUACGCCCUGGAUCUUCAGCAUGCUGGCAUGGCUGAGUAUCACUCUACAGUGUGCCUCUUCAUGCAUGACCUACGCGAGCUCCACAUGGCCCUGAUCAAGUGCAUCCUACGCUAUGUGAAGGGAAUGCUCUCCUUCGGGUUUCACAUCGGUACCGGCCCUAUUCAGUCUCUAACUACCUACUUCGAUUGGGCUGGCUGCCGGAACUCUAGACGCUCGACCUCCGACUUCUGCGUCUACCUCGGCGACAAUUUGGUAUCUUGGUCCUCCAAGCGCUAG